AUGAUACCCACGCCCCGGAAUGGUGCCCACACCCAGAUGCUGUGGCUGGUGCUCCUGGGCCUCCCCCGGCUGUGUCCCAGCGCCACGUCGUUCCUGGGGGCCAGCAUGGAGGGGAAGAUGGACAGAAUCUCGGGGGGGUAUGACGCAGCCACUGCCCACUGCACCUCCCCGGGGGAAGCCUACAGGAUCCAGGCCGGGCAGCUGCGGCUCUACCACCAUGACCAUCUGGUGAAGGUGAAGCUGGUCGUCCCUCACCCCAAGUUCACCAGGAGCUGGUCGGCGGAGGCAGGGGCGGACAUUGCACUGAUGAAGCUGCAGGUGCCGCUCAGGCUGUCCGCGUCCAUCAAUGUCGUGUCCCUCCCGAACGCCGGCCUCAGAGUCAAGCCACGCACUCUGUGCUGGGUAACCGGAUGGGGCUUCACCAAAGACGGACCCUUGGAUCACCCCUACCGUCUGCAGGAGGCAGCUGUCCCAGUGGUGGACAAAGUGGUCUGUGAGUGGCACUACCAGGACUUGUUUCCAAACGUCACCGAGACCCUCAUCAAGAAGGACAUGGUGUGUGCUGGGAACAAGGACCAAGACGCCUGUCAGGGCGACUCUGGGGGCCCCCUGGUGUGCUAUCUGACUGGCAACUGGGUGCAGGUGGGGAUUGUGAGCUGGGGCAACAUCUGCGGCCAGCUCUCUGUACCCGGAGUGUACACCAAAGUGGCCAGCUACGUGUCCUGGAUCCACCAGUUCCUGUAGAU